UUUGAAUGCAGAGGAACAUUAAACAGACUGUCUCAUCUCAGCAGAGGAAUUUUUAAUACAGAGACAGAGAAAAACCAGAAGAAAGAAAGGGGAAGGAAGAGAAAAGAAUGGGUUCAACAAUUUGGAGAAGGAAAGCCCACCUUCCCCUUCCCUCAUUGUCUGUCUGGAUUAUACCCUUUUAGAAUAAUAUAUCAUCUUUUCAUAAUCCCUAUAAUAAAUUUAGCUAACCCAAAAAACCAGGUAGAAAAAUGUAAAAGCAACAGGCUGCAUAAGGACACACUACUAAAGAGAAGAAGGAAAGGGAAUAAAGAGAAGAAGGGAGAGAGAAACCAUUUCUCUUUCUCCUCUUCCAUUCCUUCUUCAGACACAGUUGUCUUGCUCUCCAUCUCUUCUUGAUGCUCAAAACCCUAACACCAAAAUUCAUUUAUAGUUAAGCUGAGAUGUUCUUGUUCAUUUGAGAGAAAGGUACCUGAAAAAGAGUCUUCUUCUUCUUCUUCUUCUUCUUCUCCUUCUCCUUCUUCUUCUUCUUCUUAAGCAGCUCCAAACGAAGCCUAUAAGCAGACAUGUUCGCUACUACUGGCAUUCUGUUCUUCAUCUGGUUUUUGAGCUCAUCUCUGCCUCCUCUUACCAUUGCAAAUUUGAACUUCAAUCUUACUGUCCCACAUCUUCUUCCAGAUCCUGAGACUGUUGCUUAUCAAGUUCAGAGGAGUGUGAAUGAUUCCUUUUCCAGAAGACAAAUGCUGUCCAUUCAUUCAAAAGGACAAUCCAAUUCCUGUCAAACCGGAAACCCUAUCGACGAUUGUUGGCGCUGCGACUCCAACUGGCAAGCCAAUCGCCAACGACUAGCUGAUUGCGGCAUUGGAUUCGGCCGAGCUGCCAUGGGAGGGAAAGGAGGUCAGAUCUACAUAGUUACAGAUUCCUCCGAUUCUGACCCUGUAAACCCUCGCCCUGGAACUCUCCGCUACGCCGUGGUUCAAGAUGAACCUCUCUGGAUUGUCUUUGCUGCAGAUAUGACAAUCAAACUUAAAUACGAACUUAUGAUGAACAGUUACAAAACCCUAGAUGGCCGCGGCGCCAAUGUCCACAUUACCGGCGGCGGUUGCAUCACACUCCAAUACAUCUCGAAUAUAAUCAUCCACAAUAUCAACAUCCAUCACUGUGUUCCUACCGGCCACACCAACAUCCGAUCGUCUCCAACGCAUAUCGGAUACAGAGGAAAGUCCGACGGCGACGGAAUCUCGAUCUUUAGCUCGCGCAACAUCUGGAUCGAUCAUUGCUCGCUCUCAUACUGUACCGAUGGCUUAAUCGACGCCAUUAUGGGAUCGACCGGAAUCACGAUCUCGAACAACUACUUCUCGCACCACGACGAGGUGAUGUUGCUAGGGCAUGACGACGGCUUUACGCCGGACUCGGCGAUGCAGGUGACGAUUGCGUUUAAUUUGUUCGGCGAGAAGCUGGUUCAGAGGAUGCCGCGGUGCCGACGGGGAUACAUUCACGUUGUUAACAACGACUUCCGAUCUUGGGAGAUGUACGCCAUUGGCGGCAGCGGUAAUCCGACGAUCAACAGCCAAGGGAAUCGGUAUAUUGCUCCGGGAAAUCCCAAUGCGAAGGAGGUAACGAAGCGCGUGGACACAAACGCGGGGGAUUGGUCGGAGUGGAACUGGAGGACGGAAGGGGACAUAAUGGUAAAUGGAGCAUUUUUUGUGCCCUCCGGCGAAGGACUGAGCAAUAUGUACGUUAAAGCUUCCAGUUUGCCGCCCAAAUCCGCCGCUCUUGUCGACCAGCUCACUCUCAACGCCGGUGUCUUCGGCGGCUCCAGGGAGAGUAGACAGAGCAACUCAUAUCCCGGAGACGAAAGCACCACCAGCUCGGGAUCCAGUGGCAGCGAUGGUGGUGGUGACUAUUUUGGGAUGAUAUUUGGCGGAGGCGGGAUGAACAGUGCACCACCACCAUCUCUUUCAGUUGUUAACGUUGUCAUUCUAACUCUGUUUACCGUUUUAGUUCUGUACACAAACUCGAACUACGAUGUUUUAUUAUCAUUAACAACAUUGUCAUUGUAGUAAUUGAAAAUUUUCAGGAAAAAGAAGAUAUAUUAAACAAAAAAGAAAAAGAAAGAUCGAUCUUUUCC